AGUAAUUGCCAUGACUACUCGCCUAAUCCGCUGCCUUAAACAUCUAGAAGCCACUGGCUUCUUUAGCUGCUCGUCUGAUGCAACUACUCCAAAUAUAAAGCUCUUGAGCCAUGGCUCUGCCUAUGCCCAGCAGCUGCAGCAGCAUUGGCUCAAAAUGCGCCACUUGGCUGUUAAUUUAGACAGUCACUCCUCCACCGAAACACUUAGCCUGUCGCGUUUUGGAUUCGUGCAUUCCCAACUCUUCAGCCAGCACUUUCAGCAACUGCGGAAACUUCAUCCCAGCAAAGCCAAGUGUCCCACAUUGCUAAAGCAGCAGCACACCAGUGAAACAAAUAACAAUCACCACACAAUUUUCCAGCCUGCACAGCCCGUCACGCAUUUAAUCACCGAUUUCUUUGUGGAGCCGCAUCGUGGAUUAGAGCACUUUUACAAUGUGCAGCGCGAGAGCAAAAUCUGGUGGAUGCGCUACUCUUCGAACCCCAGUCGCUACGCCAUUGUGCCGCAACCCGACUUAGAGAAACCAGCUGACAGUCAGGCGAUAGAUAUACGCGCGUCCUUUGGCCAAGCAGGCUCUGUGACUGUGGAGCAGCUAAGCUUAGUGCACUUGCCAACUGAGAAUAAAGAUUUUCAGCUACCGGAUGCACGUAUUGGUAUUCCACACUCGCCUGCUGUGAUACGCUCGGUUAUUGAGCUGGAACCCGCAAGCUGUGCACUGCUGCUGGACGGCUGUGACCAUGGUCGAGAGACGCGUUCGCUGCUCCUCAACAGAGUGUUGGCACCCUAUCAAUGCGCCGUUGCGGGCAUACAAAAGACUGAGCACAGCUCUGAGGAUCUGCACGAUUUAUGCGCGCAUGUAUCAGAUGUGCUGCUUCGUGCGAGACUACGACUGCAGACUGAGGGAUAUGCGCUGAGUACGGAUAGCGCACAACUAACUAAACAACUGGAGACAUUUGAUCGUCUAGGCGUGCCCUACACCCUGCUUCUUGAUGACCAACAAACGCUGAGCAACGGAUUGCUGCAGUUGCGCAGUCGGGACACACAGCUGGCGGAGACAGUGCACAUUAGCGAUUUACCAGACUAUUUGUUAAACAUAUUUAGGGACUAUUAAAUACUAUAAUUAACAACAA